AGAGACAGGAAAGCUGCUGUCCUGACGUGAGUUUAGAAAUGAAGUUGUUCCACAUGCCCAUUUAGUGUGCAGUCUGUUUCCUUUAGUGAACUACACAGCAGAUAUAUAUAUGACUCAACUCAGCAGCACAGCAUCUACAUGUGCAGCUCAGUGGAAGAUGUGGCUUGUCAAGGUCUUCAGUGUCAUAUAUUUUCCUGCUGUUUGUGCAGCUCAGGGUCCUCAAAAUGUCCCACCUACACCGACUCUCAAGCUGCUGAGUCCCUGGCUGGAUGUGUUCGAAAAUGAGACUGUGAUGUUUAGAUGUGAAUUGGAAAACAAUGAGUGGAUGUUCACCUGGUACAGAGAUAACAACAGGGUCACAUACACUAAGGAUCCGAACCUGGAAGAUGUCCAAUCAUAUCUCAACAUUACCUCAGUCACUCGAUCCCAUCAAGGAGGCUAUGCCUGCAAAGCCAUUUCCGAGGAAAAUAGUGAAAAUAGCACUGGAUUCAGCAACACAGUUAACGUCACAGUUUAUGAAAAAACACCACAACCAAGAGUGAGCAAGGUUCCAGAUUUUAACCCAAUGUAUGUUGGAGAAACAGUGAACUUCACUUGCAAAGUUCAUGUGUCCUCUGGCUGGGAGUAUCAGUGGUACAAAGAUGGACAAAAACUCAGUGACACCAGCGAAACCAUCAGCCUCCAUCUUGGUCUCGCUCAUCAGGGGGAAUACUGGUGCAAGGCCACCAGAGGUGAAAAAACAUCCACAGACAUCAGUGCGAAAAUACAACUAAAUAUUCUUGAAAUUCCCUCUUUGAAGCCGGUAACACCGUGGUUGGAUGUGUUCCCCACUGAGAGUGUGAAAUUGAGCUGUGGGAUGGUAAUCUGA